UAUAAAAUGAAUCAAAAAUAUUCUCUCAUUUAAAUAUGGCAAUUGAGAUUGCGUCAUGUAACAGGUUCCGGUUCCGCUUGUGUCGGAACACGUUGUGUAUUCCUGCAGUCUUAUGUAGUUUAUGGAUUUAGGCCAAAAAAAAAUUCAAAUAAUUUACUUUUAGUUGAAUGAAAUAAAAUGGAAUUGUUGAUUGGAGGAGUUGCGGCGUGUUGUGCAGGAGUUGUAACAAAUCCUUUCGACGUUGUAAAGACACGAAUGCAACUUCAAGGAGAAUUAAGGCAACCCGGAAAAUAUAAAAUUCAUUAUAAAAAUAUUUUACACGCUUUCUAUGCAGUAUCAAAGGCCGAUGGAAUAUUGGCUUUGCAGAAAGGUCUAGUUCCCGCUUUAUGGUAUCAAUUUGUCAUGAAUGGUAUUAGAUUAGGAAUUUAUGAUAAUUUCGAGAAGAAAGAAUUAAUUGGUAAAUCUGGUGAAGUCAGUGCUAUUAAGAGUGUUGUCGCUGGUGCUGCUGCAGGCUCUAUCGGUGCCUUUUUUGGAAGUCCAUUUUAUAUGCUGAAGACACAACUGCAAGCACAGUCUUCUGGAAGUAUUGCAGUUGGUUAUCAGCAUAAUCAUCAAAGUAUGGUAAAAGCAUUAUCUCUUAUUUGGCUUAACCAAGGGCCAUCAGCAUUAUGGAGAGGUGUUACUGCUUCUGUUAUUAGAGUUGCCUGUGGUUCUGCUGUACAGCUAGCAACAUUUUCUAAAUGCAAGGAGUUUGUUCAAAAGUCAGAAGUAUUUAAGAAAGAUAGUUGGUUAAAUGCAUUAAUAGCCAGCAUGCUUAGUGGAUUGGCAGUAGCAAUAUUUAUGACACCUAUGGAUGUCAUAUCAACUCGUUUAUACAAUCAAGGUGUAAAUUCUUCUGGUAAAGGAAUUCUAUAUAGUGGGAUUGUUGAUUGUGUUGUUAAAGUAUUGAAAACUGAGAAUUUUUUUGGCCUUUACAAAGGUUUUAUGGUUUUAUUUCUUCGUAUUGGACCACAUACUAUUCUUAAUCUUUUAUUUUGGGAUGAGUUAAGAAAAUUAUACGUUCAAUUUGAAACAUAACUGAUUAUACUUUUUAUUUUGUAAAUGAUAUUUAGAUAACCACAAUAUUUUAAUCUGAAACAUUUAUUUAAAAUAUACACAACCUUAUUUAUGAUAAAUGAAUUACUUGCUCAUUUCUGAUAACAGAUUUCAUAUUAAAAUCUGUUAUCAGAAAUGAGCAAGUACAGUAUAACUGUAAUGCAGUACUGUAAUGCAAUAUAAUGUGUUCAGUAUUACAAAAAUAAUUGUCUUAAGCCUUAAACUUUAUAAAUUAUAAAACAAAAUAGAUAUAUUUUGAAAUUAAUCUUGCACUAUUUUGCCAAUAGUUUUUAUGAUCUAACAUUUUAUAAGAAUUUAAUUCUAAACUGAAAAUAGGAGUUUUAAAGAAUGAAGAAAAAGAAAAACAAUUUAAAAUGUAGUUGUGAUUUAUUCUUGCAAGCUAUGAUCAGGCCAGUAAAAAUUUCAGGUGACUAUUACAUAUAAUAUGUGUUAAAUCAAUAUGUUGUAGCUUUGUAUUAUUGAUACAUUCCAACAUUAUUUAUAUUAAUAAUAAUAUAAAUGAACCUAAUUUAAUAAUGAUGAAAAUACUGUGGUGAAUUUAUCUGGGUUUUUUCCUAUUGUAUUGACUUCAAAGAAAAUUCUUAGUAAAACUGUUCACAAACAACAUUUUGAUUAUUAAAACACUGACACUAUGAUUGAUUUUCAGUUUGCAUUAGUAUAUUAGAAAUUAAGUUACAUUUCUCUGUUCUAUAAUAUGCAUUUUGAUAAUUUGAAAUGAUAAUGUCUGAGUUAUAUCUUAAGUUGUUUUAUUUUAUCUGUAUUAUAUUUAUAACUAUCAGGUCAGUCCAUAAGUU